CAUCAUAUAACUAUUCCUAGUCAAAUUCCAUGCUAGGAUGAAGACGUGAUACACAAGGAGACCUCCCUCCCCCCAAAAAAUCUAGCUUUCCUAUAAGUUGCUCACCAAGCUGAUAUUGCCAUUAACUUCUCUCAAAAAGAAAGUGGGAAACAUGAAGCCUCUCUUUCAAUGUGCUAUAUUCAUUUGUUUGUGUUCUGCCAGAGCCUUCAUCUUUCAACAUGUUUCUGCUGUGAGUCUCCCAAACAAUAAAACAGUGCCAGCAGUGUUUGUAUUUGGGGACUCUAUAGUAGAUACUGGAAACAACAACUACAUGACCACUCUUGUUAAAUGCAAUUUCACACCAUAUGGUAGAGAUUUUGCUGGGGGAAAUCAUCCAACUGGGAGGUUCAGCAAUGGUUUAGUCCCUUCAGACAUCAUUGCUGCAAAAUUUGGAGUCAAGAAGCUUUUACCUCCUUAUCUUGAUCCAAAUUUGCAACUUCAAGAUCUCCUCACUGGAGUAACCUUUGCCUCAGGUGGUGCUGGAUAUGAUCCUCUAACAGCUAAAUUAGUGUCUGUGAAGUCAUUAUCAGAUCAAUUAGACAUGUUCAAGGAAUACAUGAAGAAGAUACAAGAAGCAGUUGGUAGAAACAGAACAGCAAUGACAGUAUCUAAAAGCAUAUACAUAGUGUGCACAGGCAGUGAUGACAUUGCCAAUACUUAUGCUGAAACGCCAUUUAGAAGAUUCAAGUAUGAUAUUCCUUCAUAUACCGACUUAAUGGCUUCAGAAGCCUCAAAAUUCUUGCAGGAACUUUAUGGACUUGGAGCUAGAAGGAUUGGGGUAUUCAGUAUACCAGUUAUAGGGUGUGUGCCAUCACAGAGAACAAUUGGUGGAGGCAUGCAAAGAUCAUGUUUAAACCCUUCCAACCAAGCAGCAGUACUCUUCAACUCCAAGCUCUCUUAUCAAAUGGAUCAACUUGCAAACAAGUUUUCAGAUGCUAGGCUUGUCUAUCUUGAAUCUUACUACCCAUUUCUUGACAUUAUUCAACAUCCUGCUAAAUAUGGUUUUAAAGAGACGGAGAAAGGAUGCUGUGGCACUGGGAAUAUAGAAGUCAGCAUUUUGUGUAACCCUUACACCAUGAACUCAUGCUCUAAUUCUUCCGACCAUGUAUUCUGGGACAGUUAUCAUCCUUCAGAAAAGGCUUAUUAUGUGCUUAGUUCUCUAGUGCUUGAUGACAAAAUCAAGGACUUCUUCUGAGUGCACACUUCUUUUCUAGUAAUUCUAAACUGCUACUUAAUAAUGUUGUUUUAGUUUUAGUUUCUUGUUUUAGAACUGAUUGCAAUGAAUACGGUCGAGUCUAAACGCCACAGUAAGACCAAGAUAGUAAGUCGAUAAUGUAAAGUGUAAACUAUCAUAUUUCAUAUUCAAGAGCCAACAUCACAUUGAGUCACUACUAAUAUAUAUCAUCUCUUAAACAAU